AUGGAGGCAACUACAUCGGACAUUGACGUGAUUGCACAUGUGAAGAGAACGGAUCGAUAUACGAACGCGAACGAAGAUAGUGAUGUGUCGGACGGAGGUGAGAGGGAGGCUUUAUCGGAAUUUGAUGAAGGAAGUGAAGAGGACGACAAGGAGAUUGUGGCUACCGAGGUGGGUCUUCGCACGAAAAGAGUGGAUGGAGAAGCUGGUAGUGGUUUUUUUAACGGCUGUACUGAAUGUGCAUCGUCAAUCGAUAAGAAUACGCACAAUACAGUGGAACAGAAUGUGGACACGACACACUUACUUGUCAGGAGCACCUUGCCCUCCAAUAAGUCGUUCGACCGUCAAGUGAAGGCAUUGAUAACAAGCUCGGAAUCGUACAUCUACUUCAAUCAGUGGAAGUACAAACUUAAUGACAGGAGCACAGUUACGCGCCUACGGUUAGCGUUCGAGCAACUUCUACCAAGACUUUUGGGAGCUAGAGACUACGCAGGUGCCGCAAAGGUGCUUGGCGUAAUUUAUCACAGGUUCGUGGUGACUCCGAGCUUAUGCAUUGAGGCGAGCCUUGAGAUCUUACGUCGGCGGCCGGACUACCGUAGUGAUCUGUUGAGUUUCUACGAGGCAGCAGCAGAAGUCCAGCAUGUUGACAAAAUGUCAAUUUUGAAAGAAAAGUGGCUUUUUCACGUCGUUCACGGGGAGUUUUAUGAGGCCUACCAUAUGUACCGAGACAACAUAGAGCCGAUUGAGGAAUCUACAGAAGACGCAAGGUUACUAGCCAAUUUUGGAAUCUUAUGCUAUUGGCUCAUCUUUAUUGAGUCAGAGCAACUGCGUGAACGGUUUGUACGGGAACGCACGGACUGCGACGAAGAAGAUGACGAUCAUUUGGAUGCCGAGGAUGAUAUGGAUUGUGGUGCUAGCGAGAGCGUUGAAUCCGUUAUCGAGUCCAACUACUGCUUCAAAACACCUAUUGGGGUUCACGUCUUAUACCAGCACGCCUGCAAUGCACUGAGGCGUGCAAUGGCGCUGAGCCCAAAAUCGGCAAUGUUUGUCGAAUAUUAUGUGCAGCUUCUUGUGCUGGUAGGCGAUAUUCAGCCAGCGUGCGACUAUCUUGAGGCUUUCUUUCACAUGAACCCAGAUGAUCCUCACGGACCCAGGAUGCUUGCACAGUUUUUGGAGUGCUAUUAUCCGGAUUCGAUAGAUGCUCAAGUUGCCGCGUUCACCAGGUGGAUGAAAAAUGACCCAUCAUGUAGCUACCCACUGGAAAAGGUGCUGGAAUUCUCUAGUGCUGGUGCAGUACCGUCCGUUGCGCUGACAAGAGUCCUAGUUGGAGCGCUUGAUACUUGUGGGAGCGAUUUGUAUGUUGAGCAAAGCCCAGACAUUGCAUUGAUGUUGUGGAGGAAUCUGGCAGAAUUGCUUGCAGCGAUGGAUGAGGACGUAUUUUUGAUGGAUCAAGUCGAAGAAGGAGCAACGGAUCCGCUGAGCCGACAAACUGUUGCCGAUGUAGGAGUGCAACGUGCUUGGUGGAAACGCGCUUAUUUUGCUAGGCCAAGCACAAUCCAUGAGGCGGCAUCCGUUGCAAAACGCGACAGCAUUUUUAUGGAGGUGUCCAUUUAUCGAGCUGUUGUGUCGGACCACCUUUUUCCUGGCCAGCUUUCAAUGUCAGAAGCUUUGCGCUCGGUAAUGACCUCACCGAAUAUGGUUUCCUGCCAAGACCACGUUCGCUUGUUUAAAAGUUUUUAUCCCUCAGUCCCGAAUGUGACAUCCAGAAAGGUAGCACAUACACCGUUUUCCGACAUGCCAUUUAUGCACGUGACCGAUGGUGUUAAGGAAAGAGCGUUACCCGUGUACAAAGGAAGCUCAACCACUGUGCGCGUGAUAGACCGUGAGUCUAUUGUGGAAAGAGAGGCAGCUACGGAACAGGCAAAAGUGAUGGUGACACGAACAGGGAAAGUAAAAGAAGUGGACCAGCAAUUCGUAGAGGAGCUUUACGAGACAUUAGAGUCUGAAGUUGGCUUUUUGGGCUCAAGCAACCAACGAUCUCGAAGAAAGCGGAAAGCUGAUGCAGCUUUCGCAACGCCAGCAGUGAUCCCGUGUUUUGUCCGAAUGGUUGAAGAAGAAGUCUACAACAAUCCAAAAGCCACGGCCCACCACAUUUACACGACGAUAUACCAAAAGUUGCGUCACUCCGACAUGCUAGUGCCGACGUCAAAAGUGGUGGCGCGCUGCGUGGACUUUUUUCGACAUCGAUUGAAGAAAAACGUUGAAGCGUACGGUGGCAGUGGGCUGAUGAUGCGGUACGAGGAAUCCAUUGCCACGUUCCUGCAUCGUCACAGAACGAAGGGUAUUUUUGAAGUGACGGCAGACCUCGCUAAGGCUGCUGUUGAGGAGAUGAAGCGUGUUCUGCCUUGUCCAAACCCACACUUUCCAGAUGAACAUCUCGUGGAGGAGACAAUGCGCAAGAAAGCAGCAAUGUUCGUCCGCCAGCGAAGACUUCGACUGAUAAAUCUCAAGCGAAUGCUGAAGCCUGUCUUACAGAAGAUCGUGUACAUAGAUGACAAGGUCUUUGUUGAUGCGGUCCAUUCGGUUUGCGUCCGCAAUGGGCUAAUUGGUGUGAUCACUCGCGUCGACAUCGCUCAAACGGUGCAAAGCAUUCUACCGAUGCACUAUUACAGACUGCUUCAGAGGAUGCCAGCUCGCUUUACUCGAAAGCUCACCUCGCCCAAAUUUAGGAAUAACUGCAACACACUUGGAGCAAUUCUCCAGAAGUUAAAAAGCGGAGGAUGUGCGCGAACUGCGAAAGAAGUGCAAGUGCUUUUAUGGGUGGAGAGGUACGAAGCCUUGUAUGGUCCCAUCGAUGAAAACGAGGAAGAGAGUGCUGAAGAAUGCAAGAAGGACACUUGCAGCAGCGACAGUAGCUCUAACAGUGAAAGUGGUGGCGAUAGUGAUGGCAGUGUGGGCUUGCUCGCGGAGGAUGAUGGGAAUGACGUCGACAGCAGUGACAGCUUGGACGAACACAGCAAUGAUGGCAGCGACAGCAGUGGUGGCUGA